CUACAAACAGGGAUUUUAAAUCACGCCAUACAACAGAAAAUGUAGGAAAUCAGACGUAAAGUUAGACCUCGAGGCCUAUAGACUAGAUCUAGUUCAGUAUGUACAUCUAGUUGGUUGGUCUAAAAUUGGCGACACAAUGACGCCGUAUCUUGCACGUGAAACAAACUGUGCACGUGACCACAGAUUUGUGGCUGACCACAUGACCUAGGAUACAAGUGACACAAAAACUAACGCUAGUGGCUAGCCUAGUGUGAAAAUGCCUGAGGCGGGUCCGACACAGCUGACCUGAUUAGUGCCUAUGUGAGCCUGUGGAUGUGUAAUAAAUUAUCGCCAUGACGAGAACAUUGAUACAGCGCAGAUAUCCAUUAUCUCUGGCUCGAGAUUGUUGAGCCUGACAUCACAAGUUGGAGCACCUAACCUGCCCUACACCUGGUUAGAGGUUAGCGCCACGGCAUGUGGGACGGUCCGUCCUUCAGACACUUCAUCCACAGACUGCUGUCAUAGUGAGCUAGAAAAGAUGUCGUCUGCCGAGAAAACAAAGCACCUUGAGGUCCCGCUGACCACCAAAAAAAAGUCCAGCCCUGACCUCCCCCAUGAAUCUCACCCAGUCCAGCCAGACGGGGGGUGGGGCUGGGUUGUCUGUCUGACAUCCAUGGCUUGCAAUGGAACAGUUUUUGGUAUAAUCAACAGCUUCGGCAUUUUGUACGUAGCUAUGAGGGAGCACUUUGCUAAAGAUGACCCAAACAUUUCUUUUAAAACAGCGUGGGUGGGCUCUGUAAACACUGGCAUCACAUUCCUGAUGUGCAUGAUCUCCAGUAUCAUCAGCGACCGCGUGGGUAUCCGACCUACAGGCAUCAUCGGCGGCGUCCUCGCCUUCAUCGGCCUCAUCUCCAGCGCCUUUGUGGAGGAGCUGAUGCUGCUGUACCUGACUUACGGAGUCAUCGCAGGGCUAGGGUUUGCUUUUGCUUAUGCUCCGUCGUUGGUUAUUCUUGGCCAUUACUUCAAGAGACACAUGGGCCUAGUGAAUGGGCUGGUGACGUUUGGCUCGUCAGCUGUGACCAUCGCCUUGGUCCUUGGCCUCCCCCACCUGCUGGACAAGAUUGGCUUGAAGUACACCCUGGUCUUCAUGUCCUGUCUAGCUUUCCUGCUUAACUUGUACGCUUUCACAUGGAAACCUAUUUUCACACGUGAAAACCUGGGACUGUCUCAAGUGGCCCUGUCCACCAUGUCCAUUGAGAUGAUCCAGAGCCAGUGCACGGAAUGUUGCAAGUUUACUCGCAAGUUCCUCAACGUCAGAAUUUGGAGGAAUCGGGGAUAUGUUGUUUGGGCUGUAUCCUGUGGUGUAUGUUUGUUUGGAUAUUUUGUCCCAUUCGUUCACCUGAUCAAACACGUCAAAGAUGUUUUUCCUGAGAGUGAUGGCAACAUCUUGAUCAUGUGUAUCGCCAUCACAUCAGGCGUGGCCCGGAUAGUUUGUGGGAAGAUAGCUGACCUGAAGUGGGUCAACCGGAUACGACUCCAGCAGGCAGCCUUUGCUAUCCUUGGGAUCUGCACCGCUUGCAUACCCUUCUCAUCCAGCUUCGGAGGCCUCAUCGCCAUCACAUUGAUCAUGGGAGCUUGUGAUGGCAUCUUUAUUUGCUUGCUGGGACCCAUUGCCUUUGAUAUUGUUGGAGAAAGGGGGGCCUCACAGGCCCUAGGCUUUCUCUUUGGCAUUUUCUCCAUACCAAUGACAGUGGGCCCUCCAAUAGCUGGCAUGUUGUACGAUAGCUUAGGCUCCUACAAUAUAGCCUUCCAUGUUGCUGGUUGUCCACCUGUGCUGGGGGCUCUCAUCAUGUUCUUCAUACCCCGCACCAAACCUAAUGUACCUGCUGUGACAUCCAUUGAAGAGUUUGCUGCUGUUUCAUGUCAUGAUAUUUACCACAGUAAACUGGCCAUUGGUAAUGAUUCAUCAGUAGAUCCACCUCCAAAAGCGAACUCUCCCCAUGCAGAAGUUAUAAUCAUAGGCGACAUUGACGAGCUUGGUAAACUUACAACAGCCCUCCCACAAGAUGUAUCAAACAACGCUGACAACAGCCCUGUUGAGCUGAACAAUGUUGUUAGGGCAAACAUCGCUGACAACAGCCCUGUUGAGCUGAACAAUGUUGUUAGGGCAGACAACACUGAGGAUCAGCUGCCCACUGAGGAAGUUGGUCAGGCAGAGGAAACUGAUCCAAUGUUGUCCAGGAAACAGGACAGUUAGUUGUAUGCACAGAAACAAGACAGUUAGUUGUAUGUGAAGAAGCAAGGCAGUUGUAUGUGAAGAAUCAAGACAGUUGUAUGUGAAGAAUCAAGACAGUUGUAUGUGAAGAAUCAAGACAGUUGUAUGUGAAGAAUCAAGACAGUUGUAUGUGAAGAAUCAAGACAGUUGUAUGUGAAGAAUCAAGACAGUUGUAUGUGAAGAAUCAAGACAGUUGUAUGUGAAGAAUCAAGACAGUUGUAUGUGAAGAAACAUGACAGUUAGUUGUAUGUGAAGAAUCAAGACAGUUGUAUGUGAAGAAUCAAGACAGUUGUAUGUGAAGAAACAUGACAGUUAGUUGUAUGUGAAGAAUCAAGACAGUUGUAUGUGAAGAAUCAAGACAGUUGUAUGUGAAGAAACAUGACAGUUGUAUGUGAAGAAAUGGGCCCAACAUUAUCUAUGGGAAAAAAGAUAGAACAAGAAUUCUAAGGACUUUGUUGUACACUUAGCAUUAACAACCACAAUGUAGUAUUUAUAAAUACUUGACAACAAAGCCAAAAGGUGCUCUGAUUUCUAAAGUGCUGAACGAUGUAAUUUUUUUGUUUGCCAUCUUUUUAAAUAAUUUUAAAUGUUCGCCAAACUUUGUAUUUCCAUCAUUGCAGCCUAAAUAUAUUAUACAUUAAUUAAAUGAGGCAUUUUUAUUAUUUUAUAUCUCAAACUAUAAGUAUGAGCUUUUUUACUGUAAGGUUUCUUUAUACAUUUUAUAAUGGUAAAUAACGUACACAAAAUCAUGAAGAUAAACCAUAUCAAUUUAAUAAUUUUUUAAAAAUUUGAGUUAUUUUAUUUCUUCAGUAUUUUAAAAUUUGGACUGACUUAAAAUGAUAAAAUUAAAACUGUUUUUUUAUUUGUUUUCUUGUCACCAUUUAUUAUAUAGAAAAAAAUUAACUACUUAAAACUGAUUAAUGUUACUGCCAAAUUUAAACCUUUUUGCUUUAAAUUACCAGUACUUAGUAUUUGUUAAUCUUCAAUAAGAACAGUCAAACAACAAAUGAAAGUUUUUCAAUUGUUAAAUUUUUUUUAAAUAGCUGAUUGUUAAAUAUUUGAGUGCUAGAUCUAUAUGCAAUGUUGGUGCCUUGUUCAGAUUAUAUCUACCAUGAUGUGUAGCGACAAGGUUGGCCUUGUUCAGAUUAUAUCUACCAUGAUGUGUAGCAACAAGGUUGAAACUCUCAAACAGCGGACUACACAUGAUGAACAGAAAAUGUACUAGAUGGACAUUGUUUAGCCAUGUUUUAUUUCUAGCUACAAACCUCAAAUCACUUAUGGUGAUUGGUGGACAUAAACUUUUUUAUUUCCAGCUUAUUUUAUCCCAGACCAGCUUGACUGCUGUGAUUAAUAUUGGUAUCAUGUUCUGUUCUACUCAAUGGAUACACACGUACAAUAGUGUCAUGUUAUUUGUAUAAUGUUCUGUUAUACUCAAUGUACUGUAUUUGUUGUUGAUCUAGUGGCUCACUAAACUUGUCCUUUUCUGUCUUUCAGCUUCCACUUACUUCCCUUUGAUCACAGAGUUAUACUUUCUGUCUUUCUGCUUGUGAUUACUAAAACACUAUUUACACUACGUUGUACAAAUAUUCUCCAUUUCUGUAUAUUCAAUUUAUCUUUACCAUAAAAUAGUAACUAUUGAAUGUUUUAUUGAUGCUGAAAAUAAUAGUUAUUUUUAUAUAUUUUAUAUAUGUUACAAAGCAUUUGAAUUAAUUUGAUACUGCUCAAGAAACCUAUUUUAGAUCAUUACAAAAAUUAUAUGUACUAUACUUAUAUAACAAAGUAGGGCAUUUAAAAAAACAACUUAAUCCAUGAUAUAUUUGUAGUUACGAUCACAAUUUUAAAAUACGUUGUGUGUGAAAGGUUACAUGUUGGACAUACAAUUUCACUUGUUUGGACAACAGCAAAGUGGAGUUGAGAGUAGUCAUUUGCUGAUGAGAUGCUUCGAAUGGAUUGAUAGUAAUUUACUGAUGUGAUGCUUUGAGUGGAUUUGAUAGAUGGUUUUUGUACAAAGUAGUUUUAGGAUGGGUUAUAAACAUUGUUUUGUUUUUAAAUUAGGCAUAAGAAGAUAUCAGUUCCAUAGCCUUCUAUCCUCUACGCAAGUCUUUCAAUAUUAAAUAUGUAUGUAAAGAAAAUAAAUUAAAUAAUAGAAUACAUUGUUUGGUGAUCUUAUUGUAGAUUUAACUAGAAAAAUCAGCCGUUACAAUUUUUUUAGGCCAUUGUUCUCAUCUGGCCAUACACAAUUCAUAGCCCUCUACCAUUUGGGGUAAUAGUCCACAAACACACAGGGUUCAACUUAGCUGACAAACUCUCCAUCCUGGUGUUCUAAACCAACCUUUAAAAUAUACACUUGUCAAGACAAACUCUAUCCUGGUGUUCUAAACCAACCUUUAAAAUAUACACUUGUCAAGACAAACUCUAUCCUGGUGUUCUAAACCAACCUUUAAAAUAUACACUUGUCUAGAGGGAUUGCUAGCAAGCUCUUUGUGGAAUGUGCAAGUGAUGAAAUUUGCUCAUUUGUUUUAACAGUACAGUUAACUGAUCAAACAUUUUAUUUAGAAUAUUUGAAACAAAUAUUUUUUAUACAUUUUUAAAAAUACUUUUUUACUAUAUAAUAUAUAUAUAAAUUUAUGCUCAUUAAAAUUAUUUUAGUAGUUUUAAAUCAGUGUAAUAUUUAACAGUGAUAAACAACACUAACCACACAUAAGAAGCUGUCCAAAAUUUUUGUUGUUGUCAUUUUUAAAAAUCUCAACUAUUGUCACAAAGGUCAGACCCAACCCUAAAAAUUACUUUUUUAAAAAAAGCAAUUUCUGUUUAAAAAUUGUCUUUAAUAAAGGGAUAUAAUCAAUUCAAAAUUGAAUCCACUACUAAUAGCUGCUUUUUUGCUAGAUUGAUUUUGGUGCUAAUUAGCAUUUAAUACUGAAAAUGUUGGCAAAUUUGGUUUAAGAUUACAUUGAUCAAGUUGUAUUAAAUUUACAAGAAAUGAUUAUUUUAAUUUUUUUUAAAUUGCUGAAAAAAUAUUUUUCAAAGUGAAGUCACACUUCUACCAACCUAUCAGACACUCCUCAAGGUCUGAGUGCCCCCCCCCCCCCUCCCCAGGAAUAUGGCGUCAAUUACAGAUGGCCCCUAUACAAUUUUCUAUGUGAUGGCCACACCAUAUAGCUGUAGCAUGGUCCUCCCCCCAAUGUCAACUUGUUGGUUUUGUUGUGAUCACGUGUGCUGCACAAUGUAUAUCAUCACUGUAACUUGUUCAAAUAAAAAUGUGGUGCUAUAACAAUACCAUUAUGCUGCAAUUUAUUCUGUAUGUACUUUUGGUUCAAGUCUUGUCACCAGCCAGUUAUUUCCCUUUAUCUGUUUUUAUUUAUGACAAAUGAGAUUUGUGCUAAUAAUUUCUCUAUAUAGUUUGAACACACUAAAGGGAAUUGUUACCUUGAUCCAGUACUUCAAAUGACAUUCUUAACACACAAAAGGGAAUUGUUACCUUGAUCCAGUACUUCAAAUGACAUUCUUAACACACAAAAGGGAAUUGUUACCUUGAUCCAGUACUUCAAGUUAUGACAUUGUUGUUCUGUUGGUCACCAGUUGGUUAUAGAUCUAUAUCAACUUACAGACAGCUGGUAGGUUUGUAUCAACUUACAGACAGCUGGUAGGUUUGUAUCAACUUACAGACAGCUGGUAGGUUUGUAUCAACUUACAGACAGCUGGUAGGUUUGUAUCAACUGACAGAUGGU